CCGUUUUUUUUUUUUUACAUUCUUACAUUCUUUUUAAAAAAACGCGCUUUCAAGCACACAUCCAUAUACGACAUAACCAUGCCUUCCAUCGCCUCAAUUGCUCAAGCUGAGGAAAUCCAAAAGACCUCACCAGAACAGGCCAUUCCCCUUUACCAGGGAAUACUGGCUGCUGCAGGAACAGACGCAAAUGCCAGAAAUGAGCAAGAGGCAGCAUUGUUAAAGCUUGCACAAUGCUAUCGCGAUCUUCAUCGUCCAAAUGAGCUCGCUGCCCUUAUCCAUGACUCUCGAACACUGAUCACAUCUAUCCCCAAGGCCAAGACUGCAAAGAUCAUUCGAACAUUGAUCGAUUAUUUCUCAGAGAUCCCAAACACCCUCCCUCUUCAAAUUGAGGUGUGUAAGCAGACCAUCGAAUGGACGAUCCAGGAAAAACGCAUCUUUUUGAAACAAGCAUUGGAGACACGGUUGAUUGCAUUGUAUCUCGACAAUAAGAUGUACAGUGAUUCUUUGGCAUUGGUAGCAACAUUGCUCAAGGAGCUCAAGAAAUUAGAUGACAAGAUGGUCCUUGUUGAAGUGCAAUUGCUUGAGAGUCGCGUCUGCCAUGCUUUGCGCAAUUUGCCCAAGGCUAGGGCUGCUCUCACAUCAGCACGUACUUCUGCCAAUUCUAUUUAUUGUCCACCCUUGUUGCAGGCUGCUCUAGAUAUGCAAUCUGGAAUCCUCCAUGCUGAAGAAAAGGAUUACAAGACUGCAUUCUCGUACUUUUAUGAAACAUUGGAGGGAUAUUCUUCACUUGAAGAUCCAAGAGCCAUCUCUGCGUUGAAGUACAUGCUUCUUUGCAAAGUCAUGCUCAAUUUGUCUGAAGAUAUUCAAGCAAUCUUGAACAGCAAAGUUGCACUCAAAUACCGUGGAAUAGAGGUCGAAGCCAUGAAGGCCAUUGCAGCAGCUCAUCAGAAUCGCUCCCUACAGGAAUUUGAACAGGCAUUGACCACUUACCGUGAAGAGCUGGAUAACGACCCUAUCAUUAAAUCCCAUCUUGCAUCACUGUAUGACAAGUUGUUGGAGCAAAACUUGAUUCGUGUGAUUGAGCCAUUCUCAAGGGUCGAGAUCUCUCAUAUUGCAGAGAUCAUCAAACUUCCUGCACAGCAUGUGGAAGUGAAACUUUCGCAGAUGAUUUUGGACAAGACAUUGUUGGGAGUAUUAGAUCAAGGAGCUGGAUGUCUUGUUGUUUUUGAGGACACACCUGUGGACAAGACAUAUGAUAGUGCAUUGGAUACGAUGAAGAAUAUGGCCAAUGUUGUGGAAUCCCUCUAUGAGAAGGCAUCCAAAUUGACUUGAUCCAAUUUUAGACGGUUAUUCCUUUCUUUUUCCUUUUUUUAUGUUAAUACCAUCAGAAGUUCUUCAUCC